GCACAAGUAAACAAAUAAUUAUGUUCAAACACGCUUAUCCCAUACGACCUUUUUUUGUUAUUUUCCCCUCUUUUUUUUUCUGCUUCUUCUUCUUUCUCCCUUAUUUUCCUUUCCUAAACAAAAAAAAAUACAAUUACCUCCAUGACUGGUGCAUUGAGAUGGCAUUCCUGUUCAACCAAUGACUUUCCGUUAAAACGACAUAAAGUUUCAAAGGCAUGUGAAGCAUGUCGUGGAAAGAAGAUGCGUUGCGAUGGCCAUAAUCCCUGUCAACGAUGCGAAACCAACAAAAUUAAAUGUAUAUACAACGAUAAACCAGCCCGAUCGCGUUCUAACAGUGUAGCCAAAAAGACAAAACGUCCAUCAUGCAAUUCUUCAGCGUCUUCUUCUGGAACACUAUCACCUCCACCACGAGCAUCACCGCUAGUCACCGUAACAGCAGCAGCAGCAGUGCCACAAAAGAUGAACGUUCCAUGUCUGAAUAAAAUAACGUUUACAAAUGAAUUAUAUGAAACUCUUCGACAGCAAUCACCAAAACAAAGAUAUGGAACAUCAACAUCUCCUUUACUGUUAGAUUUUUUCAAUACAACCUCUCAACCUCAAUCUAUUUGGAAAUCUUUUAUUGCAUGUUUAAACAAAUUUUGCGAAAGCAGAUCUGUUUCUAAUAAUACUUACAUGCGUGAUGCUCCAGAACAUGAAUCCACCGAACUAGUAAAAGAAACAUUUCGAGUCUUUAUCACUCAUAAUUUACUUUACGGCUCCUUUAUCGACCCUCAAUUACUGGUCUAUGCACUUAGUUCAGUUUCCAUGCUUUCAUUCAUGCAGCAAUGUCCCACCGCACAACCCACACAGGAUAUUUCUUUUGUAGACGAAUCUUCAUUACCAUUGUAUUCGAUCAUCAUUUAUUGUAUUUUAGCCAUCACGUUUCAGUCCGCCCAUCAAUCAUUACCGAAUAUGAAUGAAAACUUUACAAACAGUCUAUAUCGGUACUCGCAUGCCUUUUAUCGAGAAGCGCAUAAACGAUUUAUUGCCACUUGCUUCCCAUCCAUCCCCGCUGAUCCAACCAUAAAAGAAUCUAAAAAACAAAAACGAAAGCAUGCAAUUAUACUUGCCCAAGCUUCUGUUUUAUUAACUCAUUUUCAGUGUACCGCUAUUUGUGAAGAGCAAGCGUUCAUGACGAUUAAAAUUGGUCUAGAUUUAGUGCAACAAUGUUCGUUAACUAGUAUAGACAGCGGCAACGGCGGCGGCGGCAGUGGUGAGGACGAUGAAGACGACGACGAUGAUGAUGGUGGUGGCGGCGAAAAAGAAAGUUUAUUUGCUUUACUAAAAUCACUCGAUGCUUGGUAUGUUUGGCUGGCUUUUUAUCUGCAAAAACCUUAUUCGGUACACGAAUUGGACAUGACACACAUUGCUUCUGAGACAUUAUCUCAAUUUAAACAUGACGAUUGUAUGUUUCCCAACAAGUCCAAAGAACAGAAAUGGGCAUUACGUAUCACGGAUGCAUACACUUGUUUUCUAAAAAGUCUACUGAAAAUGAAGAAGGAAAAUCAGUCUAUUCCAAUGGAUUCCAUCAAGGGCUCUUUAAAAAUGUUGAAUGACAUUAUUAAUGAGGAUGGUUUUAAAUUCAAUCCUAAGCAUAUCAUUUCAUUAUAUCAAGAUAUUCUUACCAUCCAACUGUAUACUUGUCAACUAGAGCAGCCAUUAUCCAUAAACACCGUGAUUGAUACUUCUCCGCUGUCCAACACAUCCAUAGACAUCAUUGAGACCUGUACGUUAUCCUCUCAAAAUAUUCUCACGACAGUGAAUAAGGUUAUCUGCCUAGAAUACCAUACUUCAACUGCCACCGUAUUAAAGUACGUCCCGCUCUCCAUCAUCUACUCCGUCUGUCUCGUAUCUCAAAUCAAUCUAUGUUUUCUAAACAACAAGAAAUUGCCAUUCAUGGUAAACAGUAAAGAAAUUGACAGCUUGAGAAUCAACCUGACCCACAUGCUAAGGACGGCAUCGCCUUAUUUUGGAAUGUUUCGAAUAUUGUAUAGCAAAUUUCAUCCAUCAACCAAUCAUUUACAAACCGUAUCACCUUCCACCACUUCAUUAUCGACUACCUCGUCUACCAGUUCAAACACACAGGGUGUCUCUGAACCUCAUGAUUUCCUUCAAACACAACAUGAUUUAAUCAUGAUGGAUGCCCAGCAUAUGUUACUGCCAAUGACAGGAGGUGCUGUCACAUCUAGAGGCGUGAUUGAUAAGGAGCAACUUGAAAAGCUGUCAUAUAAUGGCUCUUCACGUCAGCAUCAAUUCCAAUUACAGCAGCAGCAGCAGCAAGCCUUGCUUCAAAAGCAACAACUACAAUUGAAUAAUCAAUACAAUCAAUUCCAACAGCAACAGCAGCAACAGCAGCAACAACAGCAACAACAUCAACAGCAACAACAGCAACAUCAACAGCAGCCAGUCAAUUCUAACUUCUAUGUCCAAAAGUAUAUUCAACCUACCAACAAGAGAGCAUUAUUUUCGCCAGAUAAUUUGAAUUUAAAUGAACAGCAAUAUUAUUAUUAUAAUAAUAAUGGCAACCAACAAAAGAGACCAUCACAACAACAAUUGUAUCACCAAUUUGAUUAUAGUAUACCACAACAGCCCGCUUCUAAAAGACAUCGAGCAAAUACAGCUACCUCUUACGAUGAAUAUUCAGCCAAGUCCAACGCAAAUGCAAGUCAUAUUAUGGCGGAUCAUGAACGUUCUAAAAGCGUCACUGGUAGUGAUUUGAUAGACCUUGAGCCCACCAGUGAGUUUAUCAACUGGAUGCUAAGUGGGGGUGGAAGUGCUGCUGGUGGUAGCGGUAGCGGUAGCGGUGGUGGUGGUAGUGGGGCAAGUCAUAACACUACCACCACAAACACUAGUCAGACAACAACAGAAGAUAUCUAUGACCCCCGACUAAGAAACAAAGGAUAUAAUCAACAUACCUUUGUACAACAACAACAACAACAACAGCAACAGCAACAGCAACAAUAUAGUAAUAACAGUUUAACAAUGCUACCUGUACAUAAAAGUUAUGAACCAUUUGAAUGCUCCAAGCUAUUUGCAAAAUUCGAGGUGCAAACGCUUCAUUAUCAAAACCCACCUUCGAUCCAAUUUGAGACAAAUAAUUCGUUUCCGAUGGUUGGAUUGAAUGUGAUUCCUGAAGAAGUGGUGGGUGAACAUCCAGAAAAUUUAGAAGAAAACAGUCCAAUGUAUGCAACACAUCGAGCCAGUCUUGUUUCUGAACAUAGUAGUGGUAGCAGUAGUGGUAUUCAUCCGAACGCAGCAGCAGUGGUGACAUCGUCGGCCUCGUCAACGCAAGAAACAACAGAUCCUGCAGCGUGGGCAGUUUCAUUCUCCAGCAAGACACGAUAUAACAAUCCAUCCAGUACUUCCACCAGUAGCCUAGACGAUAAUGAGUUUCAGCAGGCUAAUUCUUCUACGGGACAUUGGAUAAACUCUGAAAAAGUGGACGAUGAAGAAUACUGGGGUGAUUAGUUAAACCCCUCCUUAUUCUUAUUUUUUUUUUUUUAUAUUAUCUUACAUAUUUUUAUAUCCUAUUACAUAUCUUUUCUUCAUAUAUAUAUAUAUAUACUCUUUCAUAUCUUUUUGUACACAUUGUUUUCACAUAAAUAAUAAUAAAAAAAAAAUACAUCAUUUUAUC